AAUGGCUCAGGCGCAACACGUGGACGCGCGGGAUUGGUCGAAGCCUCGUGGCAACGGGAAGAUCAGUUUCUACUCUCCUGGCUACUUCCCAAGCGCCAAGCCGUCUGCGCCGCCCAUCUAUUCGACCACUGGGCGGCGCCCCAAAGAGGCUUUGGAGGUGGACCGACAGCUCCGGGAGGCUCCGAACCUCCAGGCGCUGUGGCGCUUCGUGGCACAGCAUCUGCCGCACUUCGACACAGGAAACCUGGUGGUGGCUUUUACGUCGGCCGCGAAGAUUGAUGAAGGAGCCGCCGAGAACCUUCCGGAGGUCUUCUACGAAGUGGUUGAGCGGCUGCUGAGUUCCAUGGAUUUCUUGGAGCCCAGGGGCUUGUCGAUGCUCGCCUACAGUGCAGCCAAGCUGCUCUACGGCGAUCACAGGCUCCUCUCCCAGCUGAGUGCCUGCAGCUGCCGCUGUUGCCAUCGCUUUGGGGCCACAGAUGUGGCGAAGGCCACGUGGGCCUUUGCCAAGCUGCGUUUCGUGGAAGAAGAGAUGGCACAAGAAUUCUAGCGACAGAUGGUGGAACCAGCAACUGUUGCCCUGCGUGGUGCUCGUUUCGUGGACAUCUCCAUGAUCGCCUGGGCCUUCGCGAGUACGAACAAAGCCACUGACACAUUGAUGGAGGAGGUGGCGCGAGAGACCUUACAGGUGCUGCAUGAGCUUCCACCCAGGAGUUUGGCAGGC